CCUUCCGGUCCCGCCCUUUGCCUUUUGACUCAACACCACCACCACCAAGCUCGCUCCCCGUCUUGAGCACUUUCACGACCGCGACGCUUAUCAUGGCCCCGAACCAUCUUCAGCCGAUGUCUGCCAACGACUCGAAAGCAGUCUCUGUUCAGCCUCCGGAGAACCCGCCGUCCUACGAUAUGGCUACGUACGACGCCGCAGCCCCUGGACCUUCGCGCCCACUGGCAUAUGCACCUCCUGCUGGACCUCCGCCGCACGCGCAGCCGGAGCUGAAAGACACAAAGAGCGCGACGUCAAUGCCAACGCCGUCUAUGUCCCCUCCUCCGACCUUUGCUCCGCCCACCACCGUGCACCAUUACGUGAAUCCCGUGACGGGCGAGCAUAUCGCCUCCCUCUUACCGCCGGACCAUCCGCACAUGCGGUGCCUGCAGGAGGGCACGCACGUCCCGGAGACGCAUUACGGGCUGCUCGGUAUUCUCGCUGCCGUGUUCUGGUUCCCUCUGGGCGUCGGUCUGUGCCUCCUCGACCGCCGUGUUAAAUGUCGUCGAUGCGGUUACGCAAUAAACGACGGGUUCGCCUGUUAAACGGUCACAAACAUGACGUCCUUCCACGGUCCUGGACCGUUCUUUGCUACGUUCUGCGCUUGUUGUCACGACCUUUACCAUUCACAUCACCCUCAUGUACUAUGUGUUGUAAUCAAGUGUCAUUCUCUACCGGCUGUAUCAUCAUCUACUGCUAGCAAUAACAAAAAACCAUCGC